GGUCCUCGCUGUUCUCUCUCUUUCUCGCCAGAAAAGCGUUGUUCAGCUUUGAUACGGCGUCUCAUCAGACACACACACCUUACAAGAAUAUUCUCAAUUCAUUGAUGUCAAGUAACAGCAAUUCUGAGUCGUGCUCACCACCAAGCAAGAGGCCAAGGACUUGUGCAACGCAGAACGGUCUACCAGGGCAAUUUAAAAACGGGAUUUCAAACAUGGCUCCAGGAGAUGCAGACAUCGACGAGGGCUUGUAUUCCAGGCAACUGUAUGUGCUUGGUCACGAGGCCAUGAAAAAGAUGGGGGCUUCAAACAUUCUGAUUUCUGGCUUAAAUGGUUUGGGAGUUGAAAUAGCAAAGAAUGUGAUUCUUGGUGGAGUGAAAUCUGUUACCCUUCAUGAUGCUGAUGUAUGCACAAUGUUGGACCUUGCUUCUCAGUUUUAUUUGAGCGAACAAGAUGUUGGAAAGAACCGAGCUGAGGCAUCCAUUGCUAAACUUGCUGAAUUGAAUAGCUACGUUCCCCUCAGCAUUCACAAAGGGGAAUUAACAAAUGAUGUGCUAGCAAAGUACCAGGUGGUUGUCUUGGCUAACUCGAGCAUCGAAGAGCAGCUGCGAAUUGGAGAUUUCACCCACGCCAAUGGAAUCAAACUCAUUAUUGCCGACACGAGAGGACUUUUCGGGCAGCUGUUCUGUGACUUUGGGGAGUCGUUUGUUGUCAACGACACGAAUGGAGAGCAGCCGAUGAGCUACAUGAUCGCCUCUGUUACCAGGGACAAAGAAGGAGUUGUGACCUGCUUGGAUGAAACUCGGCAUGGCUACGAAGAUGGCAAUCAUGUUACAUUUGCAGAAGUCAAAGGAAUGAAAGAACUAAACGGAUGCGAGCCUAGAAAGAUCAAAGUCCUUGGACCGUACACAUUUUCUAUCGGUGAUACAACUGGUUUGUCGGAAUAUUUAUCAGGCGGUAUUGUAACAGAAGUCAAAAUGCCAAAAAUUAUGAAAUUUAAAUCAUUUCGAGAGGCUUUAGAGGAGCCCGAAUUUUUCAUAGCAGAUUAUGCAAAAUUCGACCGACCAGGACAGCUUCACAUCGCCUACCAGGCCCUGCAAGCAUUCAAAUCUAAAAAUGGAACACUUCCAAAACCAAGAAGUAAGGAAGAUGCUGAUAAAUUCUUAGAAUUCUGUAAAGAGAUCAACGGAAAGACGAAAGCCAGCGUGGAUAGUUUGGACGAGAAGUUGCUGAGAGAAUUCUCUUACCAGGCACGCGGGAAUGUCUCGCCGAUGCAGGCAGUGAUUGGGGGUACAGCUGCGCAGGAGGUCAUGAAGGCGUGCAGCGGAAAAUUCCACCCGAUCGUCCAAUGGCUUUACUUCGACAGUCUGGAGUGCUUGCCCGAGGAUGAAAACGAUUAUCCAACUGAAGAAUUAUGCAAAUCGCAAAACUGUAGAUACGAUGGACAAAUUGCUGUUUUCGGCCAUCUGUUCCAGAGAAAAGUCCUAUCUAGUAAAUUUUUUGUUGUUGGUGCUGGUGCCAUUGGCUGUGAAUUGCUAAAGAAUUUUGCAAUGAUGGGAGUUGGCUGUUGCCCAGAAGGACGAGUCUUUGUCACUGACAUGGACACAAUCGAGAAGUCAAACUUAAAUCGACAGUUUUUGUUCAGGCCGGCAGACGUACAGAAAAUGAAAUCUGAAACUGCAGGCAAGGCCGUGAAGGGCAUGAACUCAGACGUAAACAUUGUAGCACAUCAAAACAGAGUUGGUCCGGAUUCCGAAAAUACGUAUGAUGAUAAAUUUUUUGAAAAUUUGGAUGGUAUCGCAAAUGCUUUGGAUAACAUCGAUGCAAGAAUGUACAUGGAUCGAAGAUGUGUUUAUUAUCAAAAGCCAUUGCUAGAAUCUGGAACAUUAGGCACGAAAGGCAACACCCAGGUUGUUUUGCCUCACGUUAGUGAGUCAUACGGCUCAUCGCAGGAUCCACCUGAAAAGUCAAUUCCUAUUUGCACUUUGAAGAAUUUCCCCAACGCCAUUGAGCACACUAUACAGUGGGCAAGGGACUCUUUUGAAGGGCUGUUUACCAGACCAGCUGAACUAGUCAACCAGUACCUCACAGACGCGAAAUUCAUGGAAAGGACCGUGAAGAUGCAAGGAAUGCAGCUCAUCGAAACAUUAGAAAGCGUUAAAAAGGCGCUUGUCAGCGAGAGGCCUAAGAACUUUGAGGACUGUAUUGCCUGGGCUAGACAUCUCUUCCAGGAAUAUUUCCAUAAUACCAUCAAACAGCUGCUAUUCAAUUUCCCUCCAGAUCAGCAAACCAGCUCUGGUCAGCCAUUCUGGUCAGGCCCAAAACGAUGCCCACAUCCGCUAAAGUUCGAUCCAACUAACGAAUCACACAUGAAUUUCGUCAUAGCAGCAGCCAAUCUCAAAGCUAAGAAUUAUGGGAUUAAAGGCUCGUCCGAUCAUAGUUUUAUUUUGAAUGUUUUAAAAGCUGUGGUUGUUCCGGAAUUCACUCCGAAGUCAGGCGUCGUGAUUUCAGUGACGGAGCAAGAAGCUGAACAGUCGAUUCAAGCACCCUGUGACGACGAUCGAAUAAAAGAAAUAAAAGACACUCUGCCAGCGCCUGAGUUAAUGAAAGGUUCUAAGAUGUGCCCGGAAGAAUUUGAAAAGGAUGACGAUACAAAUUUCCACAUGGAUUUCAUCACAGCCUGCUCCAAUCUUCGUGCGUCGAACUAUGAGAUUGCAAAUGCUGAUCGACAUAAGACCAAACUGAUAGCUGGCAAAAUCAUCCCGGCGAUAGCAACAACAACCUCCUUGGUCACUGGGCUUGUCUGUCUGGAGUUGUAUAAGCUUGUUGGCAAAAAUAAGAAAAUCGAAAAUUACAAGAACGGAUUUGUAAACCUUGCUUUGCCAUUCUUUGGUUUCUCAGAACCACUACCUGCUCCAAAAAUGACUUACAACGAAAAAGACUUUACACUUUGGGAUCGAUUUGAAAUUGUUGGCAAGAAAGCAAACGGUGAAGAAAUGACUAUUGGCGACCUCAUCGAAUUUUUUAAGACGGAACACAAACUUGAGGUGACAAUGAUCUCCCAAGGGGUGUCGAUGCUCUAUUCAUUCUUCAUGCCACCGGCAAAGAUGAAGGAGCGGCUCACAAACCCUGUAUCAAGCAUCGUAGAGAAAUUGUCAAAGAAAAAAGUGUCCAAUAAACACAUAAAGCAUUUGGUCUUGGAACUUUGUUGUAAUGAUUUCGAUGGUGAGGAUGUUGAAGUCCCGUAUGUGCGGUACAAGUUGCCUUAACUGAGCAGAUAGAGACUAAUUGCACUUAGACAUUUAAGAGAGGCUUUAUCGUAUUUCGCAAGACAAAACUUCAUUUAGAAAAAGUGCCUCAGUUUGUAAAAUGGUACUUAAAACUGCAUAUUUAUGGUCACAGUCAUCGCUAGGUUAAAAUUCUUAUUGAUUCAAAAUUAA